AUGAAGCUCUCCAUUAUUGCAUGUGUUGUUCCCCUCUCGGCUCUCAGCUACGGGCUCAUCGCUGGCCGUAGUCCAUCAACCGAUAUUCACACUGAGCGCGAUCUCCCUGCACUGACACGCAACAUCCUCACUCGAGACUCCAAAGCAGAGUCUGUUGGUCUUUUCAAGCGUGACAAGUCCUGCGACAUCGUCCAUGUCGUUACAUGGGUUGGCUGCUGGUGGCUUCCUAGCAAGACUGCACCUGGCACAGACUUGGUGAAGAAGAUCGAUGGCGAUACCAAUAACAUUCCUUUCGAGUGCUAUGUCAGGUGCAAGUCAACUGCCAUCGAAGGAAUUUCUGCUUGGUACUUCACCAGAAAAUAUUCCAAUAGCGGGCAUGGUGGAUGUUAUGUUCCUGGCUAUUAUACCGACGACAAUUGCCGUUCCACUGGUAGUGGUCACUUGCCAGAAUGUGGUUGGCAUGCAAAAGACGAGAAAGAUUCCGACUGCAACUAG